GAGCGGAAGCGGAAGCGGCGGCAGCGGCCCGGAACCGACCCGGACCCCGGACCCCGACCCGACCCGACCCGACCCGACCUCUCCCGAGUGAAGCCGAGCGGCGGCGGCGGCGGCUCCGACCUGUGCCGGGUCCCGGUCCCACCUCCCCCUCCCCCUCCCCGAGCGGCCCCACAGUGGAGGCGGUGGAUGCGCCGGCGGCCGAGAGCCCGAGUCCCGGGACAACGUCGCCCCGUAGGCCGCGGCUUCCCCGCCCACAGCCGGGGGCUCGAGUAGGUAGAGCCGGGGGUGUCGCGGGAAGGCCCAUGGAGCCGGGGAUGUUUCAGGUGGAGUUCCCAAACUUCGGCAACAACCUACUGCGGAAGCUGAACCAGCAGCGCGUGGAGGGCAAGCUGUGCGACAUCACCAUCCACCUCCAGGGCCAGAUGUUCAGGGCCCACCGUGCGGUGCUGGCAGCAUCCUCGCCCUACUUCCACGACCAGGUGCUCCUGAAGAACGCCAGCCGCAUUGUCCUGCCCGGCGUGAUGAGCCCCAAGGCCUUUGAGAAUGUCCUGGCCUCCUCGUACACCGGCAAGCUGACGAUCCUGUCGCCAGAGAUCGUCAGCUACCUGACGGUGGCCAGCUUCCUGCAGAUGUGGCACGUGGUGGACAAGUGCACGGAGCUGCUGCAGGAGAGCCAGUCGGCCCCCGCCCCCAGCUACCAGGCCAGCAGCCAGAACCAGUCGCCCAGCAGCAGCAACUACCUCAGCCCCUGGCACGGCGCCGAGACCGGGGCCAGCGCGCCCGCCAAGUUCGAGAGGCCCGAGGAGGACGACAUCAAGAUGGAGGGCCACCAGGAGGAGGACGAGGAGGAAGAGGACGAGGAGGAGGAGGAGGAGGAAGAGGAGGAGGGCCAGAAGGUUGCGGGGCCGACCUCCCCGGGCCGGGAGACCGAGCAGGACAACGUGAUCAGCAAUUCAGUGGAGAGGGAGAAGUUUGUGGGGGAGGGCGGAGCGUCGGUGGACAACAGUGGCGACUGUCCCUACACAGUGCCCGCGUACAGCCAGCCGAGCAUGGUGCCGCACAAGCGCUGGGUCCUGGUGAAGGGCGGCAAGCAGGAAGACGGCCGGUCUCCGGGCAGCGAGGAGGAAGAGGAGGGCCACUUUGUGCCCGUCCCCAGCAAGCGGAAACUGGAGGGGGCAAAGCGGGAGCCCCCCUCCCAUUUCCCGGAGCACUCGCUGGCCGAAGACUACGACGAGUUCAACGAGGACCCGGGCUACGACGAGCCCGUCGACUACUACGGUUCCUCCGACGACUUCCACUUCGACCGGGCCGGGGCCGGGAGCCCCAACGGGGGUCUCCUGCAGGGCAACGGGCUGCCGGGCGAGAUCCAGGAGAACGGGGCGUACGGCGUGCUGGGCGAGGCGGGCCCCAGCUCGUGCCACCCGCCGGCCGGCACGGACUUCCCCGGCGGCGUCUACAAGCUCUACCCCUGCCAGUGCGGCAAGAGCUUUGCCCACAAGAGCCAGCGGGACCGGCACAUGAGCAUGCACCUCAACGUGCGCCCUUUCGGCUGCCCCAUCUGCAACAAGAAGUUCAAGAUGAAGCACCACCUGAUGGGCCACAUGAAGAUCCACACCGGCCACAAGCCCUACGAGUGCCACUACUGCGGCAAGAAGUUCAUGUGGAGGGACAGCUUCACCCGCCACCGCAACGCCUGCGCCAAGCUCUACCACGCCGCCACCGCUGCCCCUCUGCCCGACCUCGACGUGCCCUCCGCCCUCGAACUCAGCGGCCCCGCCGACCUCUGACCUCAGCCCACCCCCAACAGUCAGGGCGAAGAAUGAGAGAGUUGAGAGCGUGGCGUCGGGACAGCUGACGGAGACGGGGGGCAAGGAGUGGGGAUCCGGGACGAGAGAGAGGCAGCGAACGCAUCUUCAAGGAUCAGAUUCCUCGACGGUCUGAGUUACUAACAGAAGCUCGCUAACCCCGGCCUCAAACCCCCUCCCGCGCACACAAAUCUGUAACUCAGAUCAUGCUAACAAUUUUUACAGAAGUUUAAUAUUUAAUUAUAUUGAAGAAAAACCCAUAUAUAUAUAUAUAUAUAUACAUGCAUACACACAUA